GAGCUCCUUGCACCUUGCCCAAGCCACCCCCUCAACUGCCACUCUAUCUGCAUCUCGUCCUUUCCAGAGGUUGUUCACAAUUGAUUAUAACAAGACCAAUAUAUGGGACUCUUCGUAUUUUCUUUUUCGCUCUUGUUGUUCGGUCAAACUCAAUCGUCCUAAAUCGAAUUGACUCUUACUAUUAUAGUCCCGCGUAACUCAAUUCAAGGCAUUCUUCUAGUCUUUGAUUGUCUAUAAGGAAAAACCUGAACCCGAAAAGGAAGAGAAAACUCUUUCAUCCCGUGACGCCGCAACGCUCCUUGCAACCGUUGCAAAACAAAUCAGUCGCGGCCCAAAAACUUGGCCCCCGAUUUCAAACUACAGACGCGUCGCGCCGGCUCAGAAGCCUCUACAACCCAUCAUGGAUGUCACAGUUGCCUACAACCAGCAUUCGAGCCACGCGCGGCGCAAGAACCGAUCCUCGACCAACCUGAACCACCUCACCCUUGCCCCACUGACCACGAAACUCCCGCUGUCGGACCCGGAGGAGCUUGCCGCGAUCCAAACCGCCCCGCUCGUGCCGAGCACUUCAUACCUACAGGGCAAGUCCGCUCCGACCACUCCGAGGCUGCUCUCGCACUCGCCCGCCCGCUCCCGCUCGCAAUCCAGACGUGCAACUGGAGCCGCAUCAUUGCCCAAGAGCAAAUCCACCACCCACCUGCACAGGACGUCAACCUCGGGCACCGCCACUCCGACCGCCGCCGGCAGGCGCCGCCACAUGGAGGAUGCCAACGGUCCGCUCUCGGCCAACGACCCCAACAACAGCGACUGGCUCCUCAGGGCAGGUGCCAUGUUGAGCGGCGAGUAUCGCGAGUACAAGGGCCAGGCGUGGCUGGAGACGAGGGCAAGCUCCACCAACCUUGUCGGCACGCACUCCGCCGCGCUUGACGCCGAGGAGAUCGCCUUUGAGCACAAGAUGGCGAGGGAGUACCAGCACUCCAGCAGCCGCCACCACAGCCGGCGCGGCAGCGUGCAGAUCCUCGAGGACGAGUCCAUCUACAUGACGGCUACCUCGUCGCCACCGGGCAGCCGGCUGCCCAGUCGCUCGCAGAGCCGUGUGAGCAGCCGCACGCAGUUGAUGACGCCUAGAGAGCGCCGGUCAAUGGACGGCUACUUCAACGGCCACCACAUUCAGGUCGAUGACGACAUCCCGGGCCCCGACUUUGUAAACCUGGACGAGAGGCUCGAGGCGAUCGAGCAGGACACGAGCGUCGAGGACGAGGCUCACGUUCGCAGGCUUGUCAAGAGAGAGAAGCAGGACGGCGCCGGGGCCUGGUUCGGCAACGUCCUGGGUUGGCGGCUGUUCUCAGUGGAGGAAAAUGACGAGGAGACUGAUGAGGAGGAUGACGAGGAGAGCUAUGCUGCCGGAGAGUCCGGCGGAGACGCAUCGCCGUAUGACGUUGCGCAGAUGGAGAGGCGGCGCGGCAAUGGUCUUGCUCGCUUCGAGGGCAUCACCACAGUCCCCGAGGCCCGAGUUCCGCCUCCCAAAGCCGACGAAGGCGGCUGGCAAGAUGCCGCAUGGCUGCUAAGCGUCGCCUCCAAGGUAUUGUUGUAGUGUGUCGAAGUUUUGUCUUGUACAUCUGUUUCAUUUUCCAGCUACUGCAGCAAGUAAAACUUGGCAUCCGACAACCAACCUUGUCAUCUCUUUUUCUUUUUUUACGUUUGUAGCCCAAAGCGAGCAAAGUUGAAUCGAUGCCAACUCGUAAGCUCGAUCUGGUCUCCAUGACUUGUGCUUCGCGAGAUUGCAGAUCUUUACUACACCUUUACGAGUUUGUUCCCCUCCUCAUUGGCGCGGCGAGGAAGAUCUAGCUCGUCAUUUCAACAGGAUGACGUACUAAAAGGCAUGUCAAAGCAGAAUGUGCAUACGUACAUCUGGCCUAGACCGUUAUGUCCCUCACCACCGCGCCGCACGUCUCACCCCAAAGCAAAAGCACAAAAGGGAACACGAAAAGCAGCUUUUCCUCCCUCAUGUCAGAAUCCCGUUCGCCCACCGUCUUCGCAGCAUGCAGAGAAACAGAAACCGUCAACUGAGACCCGACAGAUAGAUAACUGACUUUUGCUAUAAAUGAUGGCGGGCGGGGUUCAUUGUCAAUCUUUGCCUCAUCGUAGCUGUCGAUCGAUGGCGGUGGGGUGUGGGAAACCAUAUGGCUCGCAAUUGAGCUUUUUAUUUUUAUAGAAAAAAAUAAAGUUGGGCAUUUUAGUCGUCCGCGUGUGUAUGUAUAAACACGGCCGUGCUGAAAGUCUGGAUUCUUGACCUUUCGCGGGGGGUCCUUUGCGGAUAGGCCUUGGCAUGCCGCACCGCAAGAGGCCGACUACGUCCUCGGGACGGUUCGAAACAAUGAGAGAGAGAGAGAGAGAGAGAAAAAAAACCUGUUUUCCAGGUGUAACUAUGCAAAUCGUAUGCAAGCCCAGCGCAUAUCGCAAGGGCGAGACAAACCCCCGUUGGGUGUUGUGCGCGUGCACAGAUUGGAAAACAAACCCAUUCCUGUGGGGAUUUCGUUCGUUCCCUUGUUCGCAGCCAAGGUAGCAAGCAAGCAAGCAAGCAAUAGAUUUUACUCCGUUUUCCGUCAACGUGCCCAAGCCUGGACUGGAAGAGAUAGGCGAGGUGUGCUGACACGGUUGGGAGAGGGCUGGUCUAACCCAAUGAAAAAUGUGAGGGCACCCAGGUUCGCUUCCCAGGGUCCAGUAUUUACCUCGCGUGGCAUAGACAUCGGGUAGGGUUCAUCUUUGCCAAGUGAGAGAGGGCUGAAAGUCCGAGCUUCAUGACCCAUGGAGAAUAGGGUAUAUCGUGGAGAGAGAAGAGGAGGGGGGGGGCUGGGUUGGAGAAGCAUACCGGUAGACAGGCAGGAGAAAAAAAAAAGCCAGGGUUUUCUAACAAUGAAUGGCAUAAUGCAAGACAUCUCAGUCAUCGUCCACAGGCAAGUAUUUCUUUUCCGAGACGUCAGCUCCAUUCCCCAUUCCCCAAGCCCAAGAGUCCCGCGCCCAAGACACCCUGUUGCUGCAUGUGCUUGAAUGGGCCCUUUUGCGAUUACCAAGUUGCCAUCGCCACACCUUGUUUUCACGACUUUACCAGCAGGCUUGUCGUGAGGUCUGACAUCUUGGCUUGAGGCUGCUGCACAUAUUGGGCUUCUGCUAAGUGGGUAUGAGCACCGGGCGAACUGACGGGCUGGCGGGGAAGUGACAGAGAAGGAGAGAAAGAGUGAGAGGGUAAAAAACAUAGUAAUAAGUUAUUGCUACUAACAUCGAUUUCCAGUCUCCAGUUGGUAAGUCAGUCAAUCCACAAUCCACAAAUCCACAGACUCAUACAGUAGUAUCCUGGCUUCUGACCGCCAAAAAGAUUCGGCCACUCAGGCAAAAGCGGACCUUCGACGCCGCCAUGGGGUUUCUCAUGCUUGGCGUGCCGCUUUGCCGAGCCGAACAAGAUAUACGCAGCAGCUUGCCCGGGUUAGGGGCAGGGCAACCACAUACGGAUAGUGAUAUUUGGCCUGCCCUGUGGUCUAAUCACACAUGUACCGACCAACCUGGCUACUUAAAUACUCACCUGCCUUAUUCGGUCGAGAGGGAGAAUUGGUCUGUAACCGGGGCCGAUUUCUCAAAAACUGCCGGUGCCGGGCCUGGGCAACCAAGUAGUGGCCAAGAGGGUGCAUUUUCAGUCAUUUUGUCUCGGGUCUGUCCCUCCUUCGGUGUCCACGACACACUAUCCAAAGAGGAGCGUGGUUAGGGCAAGGAAACCGCUUGCAACGCGAUCCAAUAUCUACAUGGGUGCGUCCCCGCCAAUGGAACAUAAGCCGGUGAUUGAGGUGCACGUGGCCGUACAGAAACUCAGUGGGAUAUCCCACUCAUAUAAUUUUUUGCUGUUUCUCGGAGAUGUCGACUAAUAUUGAAACGACAGCCCCGUCAGCCCGAGUGGUGGAUCAAACUGUAUUGUGAACCCUUUUUGAGCUGCAGGUGAGGCGGGGUCCUAUGACGUAUUAGCAAAUGUUGAGGUAGCAUGGGAUGGGGCCAGGGUGUGAGGUGAUCUUGACCCCAGGGAGCCACGCUGUCUAUCUACCUAACCUUGCUAACUUUUUACGGUCAAGCCCUGAUUAAGCAGCGAUUUAGUGAGUGGACCCCUCUCCAUCAAAACGGUGAAUCAAUGAAUCUACCCGCCCAAGAUAUGAAAGACCUAACUAUUGUACGAAGUACCGGUAGUAGUAGGUGUUAGUCUAGCCCCCAAGGCGACUAAAACGGAGGGAGUGCUAGUCAUUUGUUCUUUGCAAAGCCCGUUUUGGCUCCAAGGCGAAAGGGAAGAAAUUGGCGUCAUUGGAAACCAGGCUAGACCAAAUAUCCUAGCCAGACUAUUAUGGCCCGGAUGUAUUUGUGGGAGAAUGACCGGCAUUAUGAGGCUGAGCCUUCCAUUUAGAUCGCUUGACGUCGCGGACACGCGGCGCUGAAAAUUCUAUUCGUACCCUAAGUAUGUGAUUGCCGGUAGUCCUGUUGUUGCGUGCCGUCUUGCCAACUCGAGGAAGAAACAAAACCAGGCAGGUGGAUCGAUAAAUUGGUUUGAUUUGUGUCAUGCAACCGGGUUUAUCACUCCAAGUGAAUGGGUAUUGUCGGAAGUUCCUAGCAAUGAUGGAAUCCCUCGGGUAUUAUGACUGAGAAGAAUUUCGUGGUUCUCUUGCAAGGUUGGCGCACACAAAUACUACGCGCCCACCUAUAAUUAAAGGUAAUCAGCGGGGUAAAGUUGGAAGUCGAACAGUCUGGCCGCAAAAAGCACUGUAGGCACUGGGACGAGCUUUUCGCGAUCGGCGUGUCUGGAAGAGUCUAAAACUAAACAGCUGGGUCCAGUGGCUGGUAGUCGACGUCGUGAAGCGGGUUUGGCUUGGUGAUGGAUGCGAGUUGCGUGACAAGAGAGGGGCUAUGUCUCCUUGGGAACCUAAAAAAAAAAAAAAGAAAAAAAAAAAAAAGAGUGGUGGGUUAGCCGCCAAAGUAUCAAACCUAUCGCGUUCCGGAA